AUGAAAAAUCAGAAUGCACGCGCAUACGCACAAGCCUUUCUCGAUGAUGGAAACCCUCCUUGGCUCCAUGGACUAUAUAAACAUUGGAUGAGUCUACUAGAGGAGCCAUUCAAAGGAAUCACCAACGACGGGCAUGUUCAACCUGGACUCUUCAGCCUGCAAGAUGAAGAAGUUCCUAUUCUCGAUAUAACAAAUGCGGCCAACGCUGUCAUCGAGGCAUCCACCAAAGAGCAGAUUUCGCGAAUGAUUCACCACAUUGAUUCACCUGAGUGGCGAACAUGGUCAAAUCCGGAAUUCAUAUUCAGUGAUAAAGGUAUUCGAUUGGAUGAAAUCAGUAAAACCCUUCGUGAUCGUGUGAUGGAGCUUUUGAAAGCAACCUUGUCUGCCCAAGGGUACGAAAAGGCAGUCGCCGCAAUGCGCAUUAACGGCUUCCUUGGCGACCUAGUCGAGUCCCGUACGAUAAUGAACGAAUUCUCCUACAACUUCGUGCUCUUUGGAAGGCCUCUAACAAAUCAACCAUGGGGCUUCUCGUUUUAUGGACACCAUCUCUGUCUUAACGUCUUCCUAUACAAGACUCAGAUGGUAAUAUCGCCUUGGUUCACAGGGGCAGAGCCAAAUUUAAUCGACGAUGGACCUCACAAAGGAACGAGAAUUCUGGACGUCGAAGAAAGGCUAGGCUUGCAACUAAUGCAAAGUUUCAACGCCGCACAACAAAACCGGGCCCAGAUCUACAAGGAUAUGCACGAUAAGGCGAUGCCUGAGGGACGAUGGAAUCACGACGACCAGAGACACCUCUGCGGUGCAUACAGAGACAAUCGCGUUGUCCCCUACGAAGGAAUUGAAGUUUGUAAUAUGGACGACGCACAGAAAUCCAUUGUGGAACAGAUAUUCGAGCAGUACCUCCUUUAUCUUCCUGACAAAGCCCGCGCAAUCAGACUUGGUAACAUUCGUCAUUGGUUUCAUGAAACAUAUUUCUGCUGGAUCGGAGGAUUCAAUGAUCAAGCCCCAUUUUACUAUCGGCUUCAGAGCCCGGUAGUGAUAGCUGAAUUUGACCACCAUUCUGGUGUCUUUCUCGCCAACAGUGAGCCAGCCAAGUUCCAUAUCCAUACUCUCCUGCGCACCCCAAAUGCAGGUGAUUACGGUAUGGCGCUACGGCCACUGAUACCUGGACGGGAACAAGGGUUUAUGUGGAGACAAACGCCAUGA